GAGCGGGGGGUGGGGUCUGUGGGGGCGGGGCCCAAACAGGAUUGUUCCGGCCUGUUGCUAAGGCCGCGAUGUGGGUAGUAACCGCUGUCUCGGGGGCGGCGCCUGCGCAGUCGGGGGUGGCGCGGGGCAUCCCGGGAGGGGUCGGAGCCCGAGCCCGAGCCCGAGCCGGCCGGUGCUGCGGGGCCGCCAUGAACGGGGCCGUGGUGCGGCGCACGCAGGAGUCGCUGGGGCGGGUGAUUCGCAAACCGCCCCUCACCGACCGGCUGCUCAGCAAGCCCCCGUUCCGCUACCUGCACGACGUGAUCGGCGAGGUAAUUAGAGUGACUGGUUUUAUGAAUGGGCUUUACACAGAUUUUGAGAUGAAAUCUGAUAAUGUUAAGGAUAAAGAUGCCAAAAUCAGCUUUCUCCAGAAGGCUAUUGAUGUUGUCAUAAUGGUAACAGGGGAGCCAUUGUCAGUGAAGCCGGCACGUAUUGUAGCUGGACAUGAACCUGAAAGAACCAAUGAGUUUCUCCAAGCAAUUGGAAAAUGCUGUCUCAAUAAGUUGUCCAGUGAUGAUGCUGUGAAGAGGGUGCUUGCUGGGGAGAAAGCUGAUAUCAAAGGAAAGCCUCCAUCUACUUCUAAAUCUCAAGAUAAAGAAAACAGAGAAUCCAGGGCAGAAGAACAGAAAAGCCAUAAGGAUAAAGAGGGUAGAGGGGACAAUGAAAUAAAAGAUAGAAGUACAAGCCAAGACAGAAAACCUAGAGAAGAGUUGAAAGAAGAAGAGAAGAAACAAAAAGAAAAGGAGAGAGACAAGCAUAAAGAUAAAGAAGACAGGCACAAAGACCUUGAAGCAGACAAUUUUAGAGAAGGUGAAAAACAUGAAAGAGAGAAAAGCAAAAACAGAACAUCCAAACAAGGAAGAGAAACAGAAAAAAGUAGAGACAAAGAAAAAAGAGAGAUGGAACGAGAAAAAGAUCUGGAACAUGACAAAGGACAGGAAAAGGAAAGAAAGCAUGAAGGAGGAAAAGAAAAGGAAAAAUUGAAAGAAAGGGACAAAGAGAAGGGCAGGGACAAAGACCGUGAGAGAGACAAAGAUAGGGGGAAAGAGAGAGAGAGGGACAGACGAAGGGAACGAGGCAAAGAUGGGGAACGCUUGAAAGAACAAGGAACGGAUAAAGCAGAAAAAAAGUCCACAGGAUCUGAGGAUACUUUACCUAAGAAAACAGAGAGAUCUUCUAAAGACACCAAGACUGAGCCAGGUAAAGAGAGUGGAAGUCCUGCAAGAAUACCAAGGCAAUUUUCAACAAAGGGACCCAGGCAACGAGUCAAACCUGGAGCAGAAGGUCCUUCAUUCCAGCUGAUUAGGUCACCACCUGCAGUUAGAAGAAAGGAAUCUAAAAACAGUGCAGCUAGUGUCUCAACUGAAAAAAAGCUUAGCCCUUCAUAUAUGAAAGCCAGAAAGGACACUAUAGUGAAACAGCUAGGAAGAAAGGAAGCUAGUAAAACUGCCGCUAGUGCCUUGGUUGAGAAAGCAGCUAGUAUAUUAAAAGAGAAAGUUGAGUCAGUCACUACAAUGCAAGAGCCAGGUGUACUGGAAACGAAUAGUCCUGCAGAUAGCGUUUCAGAUGAAAAAGCAGCUACCAUAUUACAUGCAAAAGCUGAACCCAGACCUGCAAUAAAACACCAAGGAGAAUCUGCCAAUGAUGCAGAAGGAGAAGCUGGAAACCGUGCCUCUGAGAAACCAAUGGUGUCUGAGAAUGGCGAAGUAUCUAAUGAUCUUCCACCUCACGUCACCCAAAGAAGACCACCACGUCCCAAUAGCGCAAGGCCAGCUCCCCCCCGGAUAAAACGGCAAGAAAGUACAGAGGUUUUACUUCCAGAGAGGAAUGGCAGCGGGAAAGCCGUCUCAAAUGUGAUCAUAGACAAACAGAAUUCUGAUGAUGAAGAUGAUCAGUUUGUAGUGGAGGCAGCACUACAGCUACCUGAAAUGCCAGAAAUGGAAACGGAGCCAAUAGUGGAACUGGAUGGUGAUGAGAAGCAUGGUGGUCUUGUAAAAAGAAUCUUGGAAACAAAGCGAGAUUAUGAGACAUCGCAGCAGUCAAAGUCUACAGAGAAGGAGAAGCCGCUUUUGUCAGAAGCAGCCAGGAGAAAGGAGAAGGACCUAGUAUCAAAAGAAAUAGAGAAGUUUCGUGCGUCUAUUCAGACGCUGUGUCGGAGUGCACUUCCUCUUGGGAAAAUCAUGGACUACAUUCAAGAGGACAUGGACUCCAUGAAGAACGAACUGCAAAUGUGGCAGCAUGAGAACAGGCAGCAUGCAGAGGCUCUCCAGAAGGAGCAGAGCAUCACAGACAGCGCUGUGGAGCCCUUAAAAGCAGAGCUGGCUGAGUUGGAACAGUUGAUUAAAGACCAGCAAGACAAGAUUUGUACUGUAAAGGCUAAUAUUUUAAAGAAGGAAGAAAAAAUCCGGAAGAUGGUUCUCAAUAUUAACUUAUCUACGAGAAGGUGAAAAGAAGGAGGAACAUAUAUUCUUACCAAAUAAAGACAGAAAAGGGAAAAGAAUUAAGAGAAACUGUACAAAUAAAGCACCUAAGAACAAUGGCCUAUAAAAUUUCAUAUUAGUUUAUACACAUUACAUUCAAUUUACUUGUGAGGUUGGUAUUAUCCAUGUCAAAUUACAUGAAUUCGGAUUUCUUCUAGAGCUUUGAAAGUAUCUCUUAAGUGUCAUUAGACAUAGGCUGCUAUGAUAGCGUUAUUUGCUAUUUAUAACCCACUUGCCCUCCCUGACCCCAUUUUAUAACUAGCUCAGGCUUGCCCCUUUUUUCCUACUGGGCAAAAAUGGGCUACCAUGAUGUCAUGAAAAAUGGUAUCUAGUACCUUUUUUGCAGAAAGUUCUGAAAUCCCUACAGAUCAGAAUGGUCUGCAAUAGUUUCAGUGAUUUACAACUCCUGAAAAGAAAUCUGUAAAUGCUCCAGAAAUAAAACAUUGUUUAUGAUAUGGCUCCUUAUAUCGUCACAAGAGUGAUGUCAUAUUUCCAUAGCUCUCACGGAAUUUUAUUAGGAGAGCCUAUAAAAUUUAGUACAAGCAUCACCAUGGAAAGGAUCUAAAGUAUUUUAUAUGCACAGGUGUUAAUUCCAUUUUUAUUGCAUACAUUCAUUUGGAAAGGAUUAAUUAAAGUACCCAUUUCCUCCCAAAUGCAUGUUCAUGUACGUUUUUUGUACAUGAAUUAUUCCAAUGAUUUUAGUUAACUGCCAGCUUGUUUUCCUGCUGACCUCUCCAGCAUACUGUGUGUAAGGGCCCAGCACGGCAUGUUCAUGAAUUUGAAAAACAUAUUCAAAUGUGGCACAAAUUAGAGCCCUGCAACCUGGUUGGGACCCAAGUGUCAGGUCCAGGUCAGGUGGGAAAACAACUGGACCCUCCUGGGGUCAGGUCUGCUCUCCUCUGCCACUUCUGCUCCUGGGUGCAGUGUUGGCUACAUGCCACCACCUUAAUGCAGUCCAGAGUGAGUGUACCCACCAUGGAGUGACAGGACUUCUCGCUACACAGCAGCAGGGGCGGUGGAUGGCAAGAGCAGGGCAUGCAGCUGAUAGGGCAUGCCGCUACAGUUGCACUGACCCCAAGCAGGAAGAGCACUGCUGACCCCAGAGGCAGGAGGUGGCAGUGGGGACUCAGGUUCAUGGGAGAAGGGGUGGAGUUGGGGUCAGGUUGGAAAACAAAUCAACCCUCAUGGCCUUGGGUUCUGCUUCGGGCCUAAAAAUUAGUCCUGAUCAGACUUCUAGCACAAGUACAUUGAGCUAAACUUAAUGUGAAAUGCAGAGAAUUCUAGCUUCCUCCAAAGUUUAGGCCAUUCUUUCAAGGUUUUAUAAUGUACAAGUACCUCUUCUGUUCCAUUUUUUUAUUGCGUGUAAACUAGAAAACAUUCAUCUGUGUGUUAGCAAAUCUGCACUGUGUGACGUCUUGACCUUUUCUGGCUCGUUUCUCAAACGCUACAAAAUGUGACAUUUUAGAUGCUCUCCAUAGGAGAGAGGAAUGGAUGCAUCUCCAUUUUCAACUUUGGUAUGUCACUGUUGAUAGGAAUUUUAAAGACGCAUUGGAGACUUAAAACUGGUUCAGUACAGCAUUUCAGUUAGCCCUGGACUAGACUGUAACUGAAUUGAUCAAUCUCAUUUGUCUGUAGAACAAGGUUUAUACCAUGUGAGCAUGCACUUGCUGGCUUUAAGUGAUUGAUUCUUUACUCAUUUUUUCUAGAUAAGUUUCUCACUAAUGAGACUUUUGGGGUGAUGUCUUAGCACAGUUCAGUUUUCUGAGCAGAAUAUUCAUUCUUUAAGGAAUAUUACAAAUAUCACUUCAAAUGUAUAUAAGCAAAAUAAUCCCUUUGAGUAGGAUGCCAUGUUGCUUCCCCUGAAAAGGCUUUAUGAAAAAACUACCAAGACCUCUGAUACAUUGGAGUUAAGGCCUUUCUUUGGAAUCGGUCAAAAAUGUUAAGGUAAAAGAUUAGAUCCAAGUCUUUGUUUAUGCUAGAACUAAGCCACCUGUGUUGAUGGGCACUUGGAAGUUAGUCUUAAUUAUACACUCUCAACAGGAUACACCAUCCGAAGUUCUGUUGAUCUUCAGGGUCGUAUGUAAGCCUUGCAUAAAUCUGUAAAUCCGACUAGGACUGUUUCUGUAGAAAAACAUAACAAAUAUACUGUGUGUGAGCAAAAAAUUGUACAAAGUAGAAUAUCAAAUUGUAUUAUAAAAUUAUUUUUCUUUUUAUAUAAAAAUUAUUAAAAAUGAUCACCUAUUUUUUUAUGAA